CAUAAAUCUCGCUCCACAAACUUGGCAGACUUUCGGAAGGGCUUCCCCGAAGUUGUGUCAAGACUUAAUAAAUGAGUGCCGUUGUGACUCAAAAGACUAUGGAGUGAAAAGCUAACCCGUGCAUUCCACGCUUUCUUAUCUUUCAUGGUUCUCUGCGUGUCUCUUUGCUUUCUUCAAAAAUAAAGCAACAACACAGCCUUGUCGGAACCUCUAUCGAUAGCAGUUAGGCAGUCCACCAAAUUGGUUUGUCGUCCUGCCUGGAUCGGAUCACCCAAGGCUUGAUUACUUUUGUUGAAUGUGGCUUGUUCUUGCAGUCACAUAUCUCACUUUUCAUCAGUAUCAGAUUAAUUGGAGAGCAACAUCAACAGGCUGCUCAGCUUGGAAGAGAUUCUACCCCUUCACACAGCUACCCUUGAUCUAUCUAUCUGCACGAACAUUCUCAUUCUUUUGUUCAUCAUCAGCCAGUCCACUGCUCAUCCAUCAUCAGUUAGUCUAGUAAGUUAACCAACCUACCAUGUCGACCCGCAGAAGGAGCUUGAACCCACGCCGAGAGAGCAAUAAACGGCAAUCCCGAACUCCGACUUCCUCCUUAUCCAACGCUCCAGUGUACCCGAACCACAACUUGUCGGCCUUUGCCAUUCAUGAAGCUGCCCUCUAUGCCGAGAUUUCCAAUGCUUGCAAACGCAUCACGCAUGGUCAUGUCGCCUUGGAAGCCGCCACCACUGCCAGUCACAACCACACAGGAGAUGAUUUCACCGCCUUUAUCGAGCAGUGGGAAGCGGAAAUUUCCCGCGUGGGAGACUUGCUCCAAGCCCAGCAACAAAACUUGGAAUUCAGUGCCAAAGCCUUGUUGACCAACGUCGAAGCUUCCUUGCACAAACUCCUUACGGACAGUGAUGAAGAGGAGUCCGAAAUGGACGAACUCAGCACCAACAUGGAGGAGGAGAGCUGUGCUGCCGAAGGCGUCAUUCUUUCGUGGCGUGUCAAGACGGAAGAACUCGUCGAUGCCUGUCUCAAACUGCAGAGGUUUGCCAAUCAGAACAAGGAAUUGCUAGAGGAAAUUGGAACCUAUGCCGAUGAAAAGUUGGGCACGUCCUGUCUCGUCUCUCUCAAGAGACGCUUUUCUCAGGCACCUUGGAAAACCGGACCCAAUUCCGCCUUGAUUGUCGUGCUGAGUGACAUUUACGACAUGAUCCGAACGGCCGAAGAAAGGCAGCGAUCGGGUGCCACGGCCGCCGGCUCCAAAUGGGUCGCACCCACCUCAUUCGAACGGGCCACCACCAAGUACUGGGUCCGAGAAGAUCAAUUGACGGAUUUGUUGCUGGCGGCUGUGGCCGAGUCUCCUCUGCUAGUCUAUGGAAAGAGUGGCCGAUUGACUAGCAAGGCCGAUUGUCUCAGCCAACGUAGUGAAGGUGAUAAGCUAUGGGAUCAGUUGGCAACACCCAUCACGUCAAUCUACUUUGAUUCGCCCAGCAUGGCAUUGUACCAGGAACGAUUGCCUCGUCGCGAGGGUGCCCAAUUGCUCCGGGCACGAUGGUAUGGACGACGGCCCACGGGAACAGAAGUCAUCUUUUUGGAACUCAAGACGCAUCAUGAAAAGUGGAUCAACACAAAGUCCGUCAAGGAACGAGUGGCCAUUCGAGAAAAGGACAUGGUCAAGUUCUUGAGUAUGGAAAACUGGAACUUGAACAAUGCCGAAGCCAUUGCCUUGUCGGCUUGUCCCACACUCGAUUCGCAGGGACUGGCGAAAGCGGCGGAUCGUCUGCUCCGCAUGCAUGAUCUAGUGGUCCUUCACGGACUUCGACCCUGUGUUCGUACUUGUUAUCUACGAGCUGCCUUCCAGUCGUCGUCGAGCAAUGCCUUGCGACUUACCAUUGAUCGGAACAUUACCAUGAUUGACGAAUCCAAAACUCUGCCUGGUUCAUGGUGUCUCCCCGAGGAUGCCAUUAUCCAAAACACCAUGGCCACACGAGUGCCAUUUGUCGUCCUCGAAGUCAAGGUUGCCGGGGACAACGCUACGCCAGCCAUUGCGCAAGAUCUGGAGCUACGUGGCGUCAUUCAAGAAGCAACCAAGUUCUCCAAGUUCCUCACUGGUGCAGCUGCCUUCAACAUGGACAAGAUCGGAAAGUUGCCACACUGGGCUGACCACCCCGCCUUUGCAGCCGUCUUUGCCGCUAGCUACGGUGGUGCCAACACAUCCUCCCUUACAAGAAACAAAGUCGACGACACCUCCGAUAAUACUUCCAAGACUUCUUCCGAUGGCUCUUCCUCGGACAAGGCAGAAAAGAGCUUCAACCCAACAGCCUCCACUGCCGGAACUGGCAGGACACCCUCCCAGAAUGCUGCCUCAUUUGCCAAAAGUGGCGCGUCUACAAGACGACGCGGCACUUCCUCCUCGUCGGCCUUGAUCCCAAACGUCAUUAGCAGUGCUUCUGCCGCCGCUGAUGAGGAAGAUACAACCAAGGUUCGUCGCAAGGGUCCCUUUGGAAUUGGAGGACUCUUCGCUUGUGGUCAAAACAGCCACAAGAAAUCUCGGUCUGUUGCACCCAAGAGACCCGCAAGAGUGGAACCCAAGUCGUACUUUGCCAACGAACGUACCUUCAUUCAAUGGAUCAGUGCGUCGCUCUUGCUCGUCACCAUCUCUGUCAUUCUGCUCGGAAUCGACAGCGAGCAUGGAGCAACUUCUACAUAUGCUCGCAAGAGUGGAAUCGCCGUUUGCUGUGGAGCUGUCAUCAUUGUCUUCUAUGCUACCUAUGUGUACUUUCGACGUCUCAGCUUGCUCUCCAAAGGAAGUGCCUACGGAUACAUUGAUCACGUUGGACCGUUCGUCCUCGCGGUAUCCGUUUGCGGCGGCGUUACAGUGUUGCUGGUGUACUUCUUGGACGAGAUCAGAGCAGCCCAAGCGGUAGCAGCGAAAGAAGUCUAUUUGCACGAAGAAAUCGGGCAGUGUUACCUACAUUCGAAUCGCGGAAUCUCAAAGUUGGAAUACCAACCCAGUGACAUUGUCGUGGACAAGAAGCGCAACGCGUUGCUAGUUCCAUCUGUGCAGCGUAUUCUCCUUCAUUCCUUGUACCCUCCUCUGCCCAACCGAGAGAACCGUGUGAAGACAUUGAUUGAGAUCCCCAACUCCAACCUCGAAGGACUCACUGUUAUCGAUGAUCGUGUGUUCGCCUUGUCCGAAGGACCAAAGCGAACGGAACUGAUUGAGCUGCAAUGGAAUGGCGAGGACGACGAGCUAUCUGUCAUUCAUCGGUGGAAACUAUCCAAUUCGGAAGAAGCGGAAGCUCUGGCCUUUGUCCCUGACAAGACACGCAGGUCUGGGCGCUUGUUUGUCGAUGUCAACCGCCAAAUCCACAUCUACAAUGUCCCAGAUCCAGCAGCAACUACACCUCCCCAAGACAGCGACGAAGACGAUGACUCAUUGGUUCUGUCAGAAGCGGAAGCGUCGGAGCCCAAGGAACUCGAGCGCAUUGGCAGCUUGAACAACCACGUUCUCAAGAGUGGCUUGACUGAGAUGAAGAUAUCGAGUAUGUACUACUUUGAAGGUAUUGCAUACAUCUUGCAUGAUAAUGAAAUGCUGCUGCGCGCUUGGGAUCUUGACGAGGGUGAAUUGCUGGCUGACAUCCCGUUGCCUCGCGUCGAGGGAGGAUUCAGCAAGGAAUGGGAAGGUGUUGCUCUCGAGCGACGUGAGAUUGUUGAGAGUCAGGGCAAUUCCCUUCUCACCGAACGCAACCAGAACCUACGAGGGAGCUCCGAAGAACCCACAACAAGGUCGCAACUAAUUCUGCACCUGGCGUUGGACACCCCCGCACAGAUCUGGUCUCUGGCAGUGGAGGAAGGUCCGAGUCGCGGAAGUUUGAUCUUGCCCAGUUGUGCAGUCAGCGCACAUGCAUCAGCAGAUUCAAUUUCCGAAGAUGAAAGCAGUGAUUCCCUUGAAGGAUCCGCAGGACGAAAUGGUUAAAUCGUUGCCUCGGCGAUUCAGGGGACCAACGGGUUUUGGUGAGUUGGCUAUCCUAUCCGAUAGACGCAAGAGGUGGCUCCGUCCAGUGCGUUCGACGGAACAUGCAGGCGGUGCUACCGCUACCGGCGUCAUCGGCUGGACUGCACGGAAGUCAACGAAGAACCUUCAAAAGAAUUUCAUAAAAAAUAAAUAGUAUGGAGUUAUUAGCUUCUAUUCCAAACGACUUCUCAUGGCCUAACGUCCCUUGAUAUCGAUUGGCUCCUGCACCGUGCGAACCAAGAAAAUCUGCAAGUGCGAGCUCCUUGGAACACCAAUGGCCCCCGCUGUUGGCAUGUUGGCUCAUUCCAGAAGAAAGAAGCAGUUUGCCCUUCGGUACCGUCGUCAGAGGGCGUCAUACCCAUCUAUGGAUCUACCUUCAGGUCGCAGGAGCCCCGCUUAGAUACGAGCACCAUGGGUACCAAAUCCUCGUGGUGCCUGGGUACAGCAGGGGCGAGCACAGCAACGUACCAGUACCAAUUAAGGACAAUGCUCGGCCCUUGCAUGGUGGUUUCGGAAACGCUUCACCACGCCAAGAACCCAAGUUCAUGCUAGCAUUCCACUUCAUUGACUGCAUCUGCCAGUUUCAAACCCUUGGGGGCUGUACCACUACUUGUACCUAGCGUUUUCCUCACAGGUUUUGGUGAUUGCUUGGGGGAGGAUUUUGGUGUGGUGUUAGGCGAAAACUUUCCCAUCUCUUUGCUCAACAUCCUCUUGACCUUUUUAGUCCAACUUCCUUGGCCCUUCUUCUUGCAUCCUGUUUCCUCUUGUCUCAUGUAAACCUCUCCUUCAGUGCCAAACAGAAGCUCAUUUCGAUCCACAGCUUCUAGUGCGUCGUCAACAUCUACCUCAAAAAUGGCAUUGCCAAAUGCAGCACUGUCAUUGGUUUCAAAUUCCUGGAUCCACUUGUCUAGGGCAUCAUGUUGAGCCUUAUCACCAUCAACUCGCUCGAAGGCUUUUAUCAAGGAUUCCAUGCCGACAUCCUCCCGCAGUGGCAGUAAGUCUGGUUGCAACCCCACAUUGUGUUGCACCCUUCGAACCAAGGACAUAACCAUGCGGUGCAAAGCAUGGUUUCCAUCACGUUGCAUGAUUGCUGCAGCUGCACGCACUAUUCGUUUGUUUGCUUUGCUUGGCCGGUCCAUUCUCACCUCCUUCAGCCAACUAUCACCUUCACCGAAGAAAAGAUUGAAACGCAAUCGACAUGCAAAGUCGUCCACUAUUGGUAACACUUGAAGGCUCUCUGCUUCUUCAAUAAAAAGUUUCAGAGACAGUAACCUUUCUUCAAAAGUCAUCAAAGGAUCUUGGGUUUUUUGAAUAUCUUGCAUAACUUUGAAUUCUCGGUUUUUCAAUUUAUUGCGGGCCCACUGUGGGACAACUUGAAUGGCUGGGUUUAGAUCAUAGUCAUCUUGAAUCACUUUGAAAGGAAGUGAUGCUAACCGAGGCUGGGAUUCAAGAUUAAUGCAUGGAAGCAUGAUGCAUUUUGUUUCGCAAAUCGGAGAAGUGAAGUCCUUGCCAAGGUGCUUGGCACAAAGCCGGUUCCAACGGUGUACAAAUUCAAUUACAGUGGGGUGGGUAUCCAGAACUUUGGUUGUCUUGAGCAUAGAGUGUAUCAUGGAGCGUGGCAGAUUCUCUCCUGAUACCAAUGCAUACAGAGUUCCUAGACCAAGUGGCGAAUUGUAGUCUCGGCUAAUUCCGGUAACCAGGUGAUUGGCAAUGGCAUUCCACAUUUGUGGGCAGUGCUUUGGAUCCCAUCCAGCUUCUUCUGACUUGCCAAAAUGGUAUUCCAUGGCUCGAUCAAUGGCGGACACCAAUGAAAUCUCAUUCAGGCGGAUGUACCUUGCAUCAAUCCCUAGCUCAAUCAUCAAUUCAGCAAUUGCAUAUCGACAACUAGGGACAUUGUACCUGACAGUCACCAAAUAGCAAAGGCGGACGCAUUAGAUCCUUGUUGCAAUGUGGCAACAACAUGGCAACAACAAUGGCCAAGCUUGACUUACAUGAAGAAUGCUGAUUACAGUGUAGUGGGACAGGCAGAGAUAUAAUUGAGCCAUAAUAUUGCAGCAGUAGGCGCAGAUUGGCAAUGCUUGUCUCAUCUUACCAGUGUCAAAAGCAUGCUCCCCAUAUACUUCCUCAUAUUCUGGACAUUCUUCCUUCGUUGUGAUUUUGGUGAUCAAUCGGGCUCCCUCGCACAUUUUGGACAAGUUGUACUUGUUUGCCACAUUUUCCACACCGGCUCGAUACAAAUUGACUGCUGUUAUAGUGGAACAUGCAUGUCCCACCUGAGCUCCUGUCUUGCAGAGAGCAGCCCACACUCCAUCAGCACCAUUGCACAUGGAUGACAGUACACAGGCUUCAGCCAUAGCAAAGUACAUGUGAAGAUGCACCAAGAACUUUCCAUCUGGAUGCCCAGCCUGAUUCAUUGUGGCUUUGAUGAGCCGCGUGAGUCGGCCAACUUCAUCCGGCCACAGCCAGCCUGUGGGAUCCUCCAUGAGGAAACCAAAGGGACGUUGAUUGGGUGGCAAUCGGCAGAGCUGGUCAACCAUGUAGAGGCACAUUUCCAGGCCACUGUCACUGCGCUGAUAAUUGACAAAAUCUCGACAAUUGAUAAAGAUUCGAGCAGAGUCAUCUUCUCCAGGCUUCACAUUUUGACGUUGUGGAAAGUUGUCUUUGCACCAUUGCAUGAGAUACUGGCAUCGUUCCACAAGAUUGUAGGUCUCAUAGUCAAAAGUCUCCACUGCUGUAUCAACUUCAAUAAUGGCAUUACAAAUGCCAUAUCCAGCCAUCAUGAGAAGCCCCAUGGGGAUGCGCCCUUUUGGAGAUUCCGAUUCUUUGAGGAUGUCUUUGGGUUUUCGGCCACUGAACACAUUUCCUUGGGGAAAGUACGAAUAGGCUCUCUUGAACAGGGCCAGAUCAUCUUUACUGUAGGUUGUUUUGACAGCCUGAGUAGGCACCCAAUAGUCCGGCAACUUGGUACCGUCUCGUUUGGCGUUUAUGAAAUUGGAAGUAGAUUGCCAAAGAGGCUCUUCAUCAAAUCCUUCCAGAUCAAAGGCUUCCGAGAAUCCCCAGGCAUUGUCAAAGGAUUUGCCUAGUGCUUUCCAGCGACCAGCAAUUUGACUGUCAACAGAGAUUUUGCUCCCAAAGGCUCCAAGAAUAAUUUCCUCCAAUCCAGUAUCGGCAAUGGCGUCCACAAUUUGGUGCUUUUCCUCCAAGGUGUGACCACGGGCACUUCCCACUGUAGUUUCACGCAGGCUAUUGUCAAGAAUCAAAAAGUCAUUCAGUUCCGCCAAGUUGGCUUUGGUCAAGGGCCGAGGCUCUUUGAUUUCAUCUUGCAAGUCAAUAAACUGCUCAUGAAAGGACGUUGGUGCAAUAUUGGAAGCAUUGGGCGAAAGUGGUUGUCCGAAUGUGUCCUCAGUGCGUGUGGAGAGUUUCAAAAUACGAUGGAGUUCCUUGUACACCUUCACAGCUGCCUUGAUUUCUUCUGGUUCCAUGUCUUGCUCAUUGUCCAGUUUUGUGCUGAGCAGCAGUGAUGUCCAAUCCAAGGCAGAUUCCAAGGUCAAACCACUGGUGGAAAGACGUUCCCCGUUGCUCGCCAUUGCAUCUGAUGCUUUCCCCUUUUCUUCCUGCUGUCCAGUGUCCCAAAAAGGCAUGGUUUCCAGUGAAUGGAUACGGUACAAAUAGAUUUAUGAGAAGCAGAAGUGCAAAACUGAUUGACCGAGGGAGACAAUAACAAGAAGUACGAACGAAGAGCAACUCGGAAAGGCCUUGUCGUCGGUCGUCCGUCGGCGGAGAGGAAACUCCAUUGUUGGCCACGGCCACAGUGCCUCCAAUGCUCGGAAGCUCAGCCCAGCCAUGAUUAAUUAGCCAGCUUGACAAGCUUGUUGUGUCCCAACAAAAUAGUGAGCAAGUGAAACGUACGUAGAAUCAGUACCGAGGACCACGAAGAGUCCCGCCUACAGUACGGUACCGCUACCGGUCCUCGUGUUCUCUUCGAGUUCUCCUCGACUUUGAAACGGCCG